AUGGCCAUUCAAACGCAUUUCACGCUCAACACUGGCGCCAAGAUCCCAGCCGUGGGCUUCGGCACCUGGCAGGCUAAGCCUCUAGAGGUUGAGAAGGCUGUUGAAGUCUCUCUUAAGGAGGGCUACCGUCAUAUCGACUGCGCUGCCAUUUACCGCAACGAGACGGAGGUUGGAGCCGGUAUCAAGAAGUCGGGUGUGCCACGCGAAGAGAUCUUCAUUACCGGCAAGCUCUGGAACACCAAGCAUGCCCCCGAGGAUAUUCUGCCUGCUCUGAACAAAACUCUGGCUGAUCUUGGGACCGAUUAUCUUGACCUGUAUCUCAUGCAUUGGCCCGUUGCGUUCAAGGGCGGCGACAAAUGGUUCCCUCUCAACGAAGACGGUGUUUUCGAAUUGGCCGAUAAUGACUACGUCGCCACGUACAAGGAGAUGGAGAAGUUGUUGCCGACCGGCAAGGUCAAGGCCAUCGGUGUGUCGAACUUCAAUAUCCGGCGCCUGGAGGAACUCCUGGGCCAGGUCUCGGUCGUCCCUGCCGCCAACCAGAUUGAAGCCCACCCCUACCUGCAGCAGCCGGAGCUUCUCAAGUUCUGCCAAAGCAAAGGAAUCGUUGUCGAGGCCUACUCUCCUCUGGGCAACAACCAAACCGGUGAACCGCGUACCGUGGAUGACCCGCUGGUGGCCGAGGUCGCACAGCAGGUCAGCAUGGACCCUGGCCCUCUUCUGGCUAGCUGGGGUGUGCAGCGCGGCACUGUCGUCCUAUCGAAGAGCGUUACUCCUUCUCGUAUUGCGGCCAACCUCCAGAUCAAGACUCUGCCUGAUGAUGCAUACGCCAAGUUGACUGGUCUGGAGCGGCACAAGCGCUUCAACUUCCCGGCUAAUUGGGGCUACGAUAUCUUCGAGGAGGUUGGUGAGGAGGCUGUUCGCAAGGCAGCUGUGGCAGCUGGCCCUGCCAACAAGAUUAAGUUCACUGUUUAA